CGCCCCCCCGCGUCGCAUCUUCCAGGAAGAAACCUCCGGUCGGAGCGUAAAAGCGUCGCGCGGUGAAUGAACGUCUUUAGACCGGCUCCAAAGAGGCUCUUCUCUCCCGCGCUGCUGCUGCUGCUGCUCGGACAUCAUCAUGCUCAUCAAGGAGUUCCGAAUUGUCCUGCCCGUUUCAGUGGAGGAGUACCAAGUGGGUCAGCUGUACGCGGUAGCGGAGGCCAGCAAGAGUGAGACGGGUGGAGGAGAAGGGGUGGAGGUGAUCAGCAAUGAGCCCUACGAGAAGGAUGGAGAGAGGGGACAGUACACCCACAAGAUCUACCACCUGAAGAGCAAAGUGCCGGAUAUCCUCGCUAAGCUGGCUCCCAAAGGGUCUCUGGUGGUGAAAGAGGAGGCAUGGAAUGCGUAUCCGUACUGUAAAACCGUCAUUACAAAUGUCUACAUGAAGGAAAAGUUCACCCUGACCAUCGAGACCUGGCACAAGCCGGAUAUGGGGGAGCAGGACAACGUACACGGACUGGACAAAAGCCAACUGGAAAAAAGGACAAUCGUUGACAUUGAUAUUGCUGACAACAGUUGCAUAAACCCAAAGGAAUACAACAAAGAUCACGACCCGGCCAUCUUCAAGUCACAGAAGACCGGCAGGGGCCCUCUGGGGCCCGACUGGAAGAAAGAACUCGCCGCCAACCCCGACUGCCCCCGCAUGUGCGCCUAUAAGCUCGUCACCAUCGAAUUCAAGUGGUUUGCAAUCCAGGGCACCGUGGAAAACCUGAUUCAGAAGUUCGAGAGGCGUCUCUUCACCCACUUCCACAGGCAGCUGUUCUGCUGGAUCGACAGGUGGUUCGACCUGUCGAUGGACGACAUACGGCGCAUGGAGGAGGACACCAAGAAGGAGCUGGAUGAGAUGAGGGUCAACGGGGACUGUAAAGGUUUGGGAGCUAUUGACGACGGCAACUGAUCGGCUCCACCAGAUCGUCUUCCUGCAAAAAGAGGAUUUAAAGUUCCCGCCUUAGAAACCACCCGAUGGGCAGAAUCAAGACCACCACACCUGCGUCCAAAUAAAAUUUGCUGUCAAUAAGAGCUCGUUAUCGUAAAGCAACUGUGUGCAUCAACCUACUACAUUUGAACACAACUACAGCAGCUUUUACUUUAUUUUUAUUGGAGGAUUGGAGGAUGAAGGCUUCUUGCUUUUUCCUGUUGGGUCCUCUUGUGUUCUGCAAUAUUAGGUGUGGGCUGUCGCUGAGGAACCAUUUCUAACCACUGCUAUCCCAUUUUAAUUGCAGUUAUUUGUUUUUCUUCUUGUUUUUUUGUAUUGUUCUCAGUGAUUUGUUUUUUUUUUAUUUAUUGUUAAAAACAAUGUGUCUCCUUGCCACAAAAGCUACAGUUUCACAUUCCAUGUUCCUGAAACCCGUCGACCCUCCGUCAUCGUUUUCAUGUAAAUCAUCGUCAGGUGGUGGCAGGAGGCCGUACAAAUACAGCUUAUGUAAAAACGACUACAUAUGAGACGUGUACUUUUAUUUAGGAUAAUAAAACUCUGGUGUACCUGAUGAUGAGGUGGUUGCUUUUAGCCCAGUGUGGAGAUGUCCGAUUCGGGUGGAGGUUUUUGGGUGUGGUGUUUGAUAAUUGUUUUGGCCUUACAUCUCUGUAAAUCUUGUCUUGUUGCAUGAGAACCUGGAUUUAAAUGUGAUGAUGAUGAUGAUGAUGGUACACUGGAUUUUGCAUUUGCGCCAUAAGUUGAGAUAUUUGUACAUUCUUCAGCUGGAUAAAAGUUUACAUAAGUGAGCAAACACGUCACGUUUGACCUGACUGGAAAAGGCUUCUAUUGUUUGCUGCACUCACAAAUCUUGGAUCAUAAGAAAUGUCCCAACGUCAAAAAAAAAAAAAUCAUAAAAAGUAACAGCUUCCUUUGUGUUUUUCUCACUGGAAUUUUUUUGUAUUGACACUGA